AUGGCGUCCAGAGAAGCAACAGUGGCCCGUGGCGCCCAGAUCUCUCGGCCCUCUCACUCGCUGAGUCUCUUCCUGCAGCCGUGGAGAGGAGCCACCGCCCUCAAGCCCUCCUGCCGCUGGAUCCGCCGGUGGUGCCCGGAUCUCUCGGUAUAUGAAGGCAGAGUACUCCAAAAGUUAUUCCCUCGUCACCCGCCCGAGCAAGGUGGCCGUGCCGAGGCUGGUGUUCCACUGGAGGGCGCCGACUGGGACCUGCCGAGGGAGAGCUACGUGCUUGAUUUGCUCGAGGACGAGGACGGCUCCGGCAGCGGGCUGUGCUUGGUGAUGAAUUCCGCGGGGGAUAGCGAUCUGACCAUCAUAGGUAACUUCCAGCAGCAGAACAUGCACGUCGCCUACGACCUGGAGAAGAACAAGCUGGUCUUCGUGCCCGCGCGAUGUGACAAGAUGUAA